GACUGGAGUCAGGAUGUAAACAUGACCGCUCCGGUAGUCGAUCACGAAAAACGUCGGCUCAGUGAGCAGGACCGUAACCAGGAGGAAUCUGACCAGAACCAGUCUGGCCGAGAAGGAGUUUCCCAGGAAAUACGUUACGGCAAUAAUGAUAACGAUCCAGAUGAGCAAAGAGGGCCGCAAACAAAUGAAGAAUCUGAAGAAAAUCGAAGCCAGGAGGGACCGAAGUCAAUCACCGAAGUUAACGACCUGAAGUUACAGGUGAACGAUCACAGCAGCCAAGGUGUUCGUCAACGUGAGGAUGACUACGCGGGUGUCCAGCAGCCUCAUGAGCAAACACGGAAGCCGGAAGAGUUAGUCAAUUUUGGGGAAGAAAGCUCAGUUUUGCAGUCGGAUAAAUGUGUUAUUACAGGUCAUCCCGAAAAUGGACAGCACGUAAUGCUCGUGGAGCAGCUCUACGGAGCCGAUGGUACGACGAGCGGCCGUCAGGAAUACGUGUUGCUAUUCCAGGAAGGGCCGGGCACGGAAGCAAUGGAGGCCUACAUAGUUGAAGGUGAACUUGAUUCAGCUGCUUCCUUUGAAAGAGUGAGUUCGACAGAAGUAAAGCUAACCCAACCAUCCGAUGAAGCCGAAGUUGAACAUAUCGAAGACACCGAUGACAAGCCGUUGGCGGUCCGUAUAGAUGGCCGUGUAUAUUUUCGAUGUGAUGAAUGCGAUUAUGUGUCAAGGCGACGUAAUUAUAUUAAGGUGCAUAAACAAAAAGUGCACGUAGCCCCACGGGCUUUACCUUGCCAUGUCUGUCAAUCAGCUUUCCUUUCAACAGCGACAUUGUACGCCCAUAUGGCAGAAAUGCAUUCUGCAGAGCUUCCUUAUGCCUGCGAUCAAUGCGGCUAUCGCGCUAGAGCUCGCCACAGAAUCGCUAGCCAUCGGCUCAGUCACGAUAAGGAACCUCGAUACAAAUGCGGAAAAUGUGACUUUGCCACGCGCCACAAGUAUUUGUACACACAGCAUGAGUUUACUCAUCAAGAGCCAUUGCCAUUUAGCUGUUCUCUCUGUGACUACAAGGCUAAGUGGCGGAGUUCUGUUUAUAUGCAUAUCAAAAAACGACAUGGUGAGCGGUUAACCGAAGAAGAGCCCUGGCAGGAGGAAACUCGUGGUGACAAAAGCUAGGUAAAAGUGACGAAUUAGAAUCACGUGAACGCGUAAAUGUCACAAUAUAUUGCCUUAUGUUUAAGUAAAUACACACAUCCUUGUAUGUUAGUCAAACGAGAAACGCUGGCUGGGGAUUGUGCAGAGGUACUCAUUUAUGGCGAGCACAAAUAUUGAACCAGGCUUAAUAUUCCCCUCUUCACUAGCAC